GUGCUGCAGUUCACCGUGAAGCACGAGCAGAGCAUCGACUGCGGCGGCGGCUACGUGAAGCUCUUCCCGGCGGCGCUGGAGCAGGCCGACAUGCACGGGGACUCCGAGUACAACAUCAUGUUCGGCCCCGCUAUCUGCGGCCCCGGCACCAAGAAGGUCCACGUGAUCUUCAACUACAAGGGCAAGAACGUGCUCAUCAACAAGGACAUCCGCUGCAAGGACGACGAGUUCACGCACCUGUACACCCUCAUCGUGCGCCCCGACAACACCUACGAGGCAAACAGCCGCGGGGAGAGCGGCGGCCUCGAGGACGACUGGGACUUCCUGCCCCCCAAGAAGAUCAAGGACCCGGCGGCCAAGAAACCCGACGACUGGGACGAGCGCGCCAAGAUCGACGACCCCGAGGACACCAAGCCCGAGGACUGGGACAAACCCGAGCACAUCCCGGACCCCGACGCCAAGAAGCCGGAGGACUGGGACGAGGAGAUGGACGGCGAGUGGGAGCCGCCCGUCAUCCAGAACCCUGAGUACAAGGGCGAGUGGCGGCCGCGGCAGAUCGACAACCCCGACUACAAGGGCAAGUGGGUGCACCCCGAGAUCGAGAACCCCGAGUACCGGCCCGACCCGGCGCUCUACGCCUACGACAGCUUCGGGGUGCUGGGCCUCGACCUGUGGCAG